UUUUCAUGUUUCAGAUUUAAAUAUUCUGCUUCGCCCGAGUGUCUCUUACGUGGGAGCGUCUGUCAAGUGCACUCGGAUUUGAAGCCGCCACGAGCGGAGCAUCGACGCAAAAACCUGCUGUACUCCAUCCAACGAGCUUGUCACAGCAAGGGAAGACCACCGAUGUUGCUUCUAUUCGCCCUCACGUUCGCUGCUCCUUCGCGAGGUCAACGACAAGACAACGACAUCGAGUUUCUCUCACUGCCCCAUCAGACGAUGACAAUUUAUGGAGUCCUUGGAGACAACAUCACACUAAGCUGCUCAUUCCGCCGCCGCGGAGAAUGGUUUCGGGCUUACUGGUAUGAGAAUGACACCGUUAAUCGGGAGGUGAAGCCCACCUGCUCCAUUACAGACUCCGACAGGAACAUCAGCACCUGCACCUUGUCGUUUAUUCUUCACAACAUCAGCUUGGCUCAGUCAGGCAGAUCCUAUAAAUGUGUGGUGGAGAACGUCGAGGAGCAGCCACCCAAACUGUGGACGGACCAGUCACAGACCUUCUACGUUCGAGCCGCUCCAAGCAGGCCAACGGUUUCAUCUGAAGGAGGACAGGUGUUGGGUUACAAACUCAACAUCAGCUGUCUGGCGCACAGAUUUUACCCUUCGAAUAUCUCGAUGACCUGGUUCCUUAACCACCAGCCUGUGAUCGCAACAGAUGUGGAGGACGUCACUAUGAACGCUGAUGGCACAUUUACGGCUGUCAGUCAUCUCUCCUUCCUUCUCACUGCUGAGCACCUAAGCGGCACAGUCACUUGUCAGGUUUCACAUGAAGCCCUCCAGCAGCCCCUCAAGACAGAUUUGCUUCUGGAUGUUAAAUAUGGACCGAGGCUCAUUAGGAUACUCCAUCGAACCUCCAGUGAAGCAAACUUUCAAGAGAUUCCUUCAAGCCCCGUGAGAGUCCUCGCCAAUUCCUACUUUGAACUCAGAUGUACAGCAGACAGCAAUCCCAACUCCAGUAUCUACUGGACAAGUGCCAGAGGGCAAGGACGGAUUGAUCAGGCCCAUGGCAGGGAGCUGAGCUGGACUCACAUCCAGGAGGCCCAGUCCAAUGAUUACUGGUGCUUGGCAGAGAAUGCGCUUGGAAACGCCAGCAAGAGCAUCACCUUGGUGGUCCUACAACCAGAUGGACUCAGCCCACUAAAGCUUUUGACUGUGGUUAUUGUGGUGAUAACCCUCAUCCUAAUCCUGCUGGCCAUCUUCUUCUACGUCAUCAACAACUGGAAGCAGACAGGUGAGCCUCAUCCUGCCAGGUCUUCAAGCUCAGCACCUGUCAGCCAAAAGGAAGAAUCCAGCACAGAAUCAGCUCAAUAUGAAGUAAUCUAUGGAAAUGACUUGACCUCUAAAGCAGCUGAUGCUGAUGUUCCCAAUGAUUAUGAAAUUCCUUAUGCUGACAUUGUCAUCUCUGCCCGGGACAGCGGGAUGCUAGAGGACAGGCGACUUCCAGAAUUUGUCGUAUGUGCCUACGCUGUGCAGGAUGAAGGCACGGACGUGCUAAAUUCUGCUUACCAAUUUGCUGAUAAAGACACUAAGGACAGACUGCAAGUUGGACCACUGGAAGUCACUCGGAAACUGAGCACCGGCUCAGAAUAUGCCGUCAUCAAUUACAGUAGCCACCCACCUGGGAGCCCCAAGAGGCGCAAAAGCUUUCCCUUUGUUUAAAAGUCUUUACAUUCUUAGGGACAUUUGGCCCCACUUCAGGAUGACUUACUAAGAAAGCAUUACUAGUAGAACAAGGCAAUGGAUGUUAGUAAUGCCGACACUGACCAGAGGGAAAUCCAAUGCUCAAGACAUCCAGAUGCUCAAAAAAGCUAAACAUUGUCAUUUCUCUGCAACACAAAGAACAACAAGCAUCAGCACAGGAUGAUGGCUGCCAAAGGCACAGGCUCCACGACAGAGGUGACCACACAGAGUGCUGAGCUGCAUCAUCCACUGGCUUACGGAAAAACGCACUCAACUAACAUUGACACUGCAAUCCUAGCAAAAAGUAAAAGAAAAAUGGCAUUGCAUUGUCAUCCAAAACUAACAACUUUAAUAUAGAAUUGUCUCUGAUAAUCUCCUCUUAGAAUAAGCAGACCUGCUACUGGAUUGGACAUGACUGUUAAUUAUUAAUCAGACUUUUUAUUUCAAAUUAGUUUGUUUUAUAGUGUUAUAGCAUAUACAGUGCCUUUCACAUCUGUUUGAUAGUGCCAUCCCCACCCAUCUAUCUUAUUCAGUGCUUUUCUUCUUCUCUCAAUUAUAUAGUGCCU